GCUCUGAUUCGUUGUUUUAUUCUCACUGUUUUUUUGGCGCACUGUGUACAGGAGGAAGCCACGUUGACAACGAAAGGUGAUUUAUUCGGCAAACUUAAAUUCGGAGCUUUAAAAAUAUAAGAAAACAGUUGUUACAACCUGAAAGGUGUAAAGGUUUGCCAGAGUAAACAGGAUGAGUGUAGGCUUCAUUGGAGCGGGUCAGCUGGCCCAAGCCUUGGUGAAGGGCUUCACUGCAGCGGGUGUAAUUGCAACUCACCGGAUCACGGCCAGUUCUCCAGAUACAGAUCUGCCUACAGUGGCCGGGCUCAGGAAAAUGGGCGUGAAUUUCACAACCAGCAACAAGGAAACCGCUCAUAAGAGUGACGUCCUAUUUUUGGCAGUCAAACCUCAUAUUAUUCCUUUUGUCCUGGACGAAAUCGGACCUGAUAUCGAAGACCGACAUCUCAUUGUGUCUUGUGCUGCCGGGGUCACUAUUAGCUCCAUUGAGAAGAAACUGCUCCAGUACCGCGCUGACCCCAAGGUGAUCCGCUGCAUGACUAACACCCCAGUGGUGGUGCGCGAGGGGGCCACGGUAUAUGCCACUGGCACGCAUGCUGAGGUGGAGGACGGGAAGCUUCUUGAGCAGCUGAUGGCCAGUGUGGGAUUCUGCACGGAGGUGGAGGAGGAUCUGAUCGACGCUGUUACAGGACUCAGUGGCAGUGGACCAGCUUACGCUUUCACGGCACUUGAUGCUCUGGCUGAUGGUGGUGUGAAGAUGGGUCUACCCAGGAGGCUGGCUUUACGACUGGGAGCUCAAGCACUGCUUGGUGCUGCAAAGAUGCUUCUGGAUUCGGAGCAGCACCCAGGCCAGUUGAAGGACAAUGUGUGCUCACCAGGGGGCGCCACCAUCCACGCCCUGCACUUCCUGGAGAGCGGUGGCUUCCGGAGCCUUCUCAUUAAUGCUGUGGAGGCUUCGUGUGUCAGGACCAAAGAACUGCAGUUUCUUGCAGAUCAAGAGAAAAUCUCUCCUGCUGCUAUUAAGAAGACCACGCUGGACAAGGUGAUGCAGCAGCCUGGUUUUUCUCCUAACACUACAGGAACCAAGAGCAGAGUCAACAUGUUUAACAACAAGAGCGGAAUUAAAAAAGUCUAAGGAAUGUCACACACGCACGCACACACACACACACACGUACCCCUUUACUUAAUUCGCAUCUUUGCUUUUAGACAGAUGUUACUCCAGGUAUUUUGGUGAAUUUUGAACAGUAGCUCGGCAUACCUGUACACAUACACACAUGUGCAGAGUAUAAGAGUAAAAUGAACAGAAGUGCAUUUCCAGCAUGCUGUCUAUCGCCUCGUGCCUCCCUGCAGCAGCAGACAGUUCGAUCGCUCCCUUGGGAGUAGCAUCAGGAGUUACAGGCAGCAGAUGCUAUAUGAGGUUUUUUGUUUUUUCUCCAUUUAAUACCUCCCUGUCCUCUAUACAAAUCAACAGUGAUGUACUUUUUUUUGGACACCUCUGUAUUUGUAUCUAAUAAGGAUCUAAUAUUUGCGCCCAAAAUCCCUGUAUGUUCAUUCUUUUCUUAGUGCUCUACUUUUGCACAUAAUUUUUUAUAUAUAUAUAAUAUAUAAAAUGUAUAUAUGUGCUGCAUGGUGAAUCACUGUAGUGACUCACCACGCCUACCCUUCUGGAUUGUAGAGUCGCGAAGACCUUUUGAAUAUCUUCAUCUGUAGAAGGAAGUAAAGGUACAAAAGUCAUAUGUAGUCUUUCUUUGUGCAAUGUCUUGUCUGCUCUCUCGUCUUUUGCUAAAGCAUUGAACGUCCAAAAAAAGAAGCAGAUUCAUUUCUUACUUGGAAACAUACUUGCUCUAUAUGUGAAAUUACCUUUUGAAAAUAAAAGAAGAAACCUAGUCAUGUUUUAUAUCAUAAGGAGUUCCAGUAUGUCGUAAUGAAUGAAACUGCUUCGGCUUCCUGCGGCCUUGAUUAAAAAGCUGCUGAUUCUAAUAAAGCAACACUUUUUAUUUUUUAUUUUCUUGCUGACUGAAGAGGGAAAAAAAUUUUUUGACUUGAGAGGACAUCACAGACCAAAUGAGUUUCAGAUAAGGAAGAAUUUCCAUUUAUUUGUUCCCUGUGUGUAAUUAUAGCAAGAGGAUAGUAUGCAUAAUUAAUGGUGAGGUAAUUGAAUUAACUGGAAACCUUUCCCUGAAGUCCAUUAGUCAACCUUACAGGACCCCUUUAAUAACCUGUGUGCUCUAUCAUUUAUUUGCAGUGCCAAGCACAAAUCUCAGUGUCUGUAAGAUCAAAAACUGUACAGACUACAUUUUUAUUUUACUUUGUACUCUCAACACCAUGCCUUUUCACCUCUGUAGCACUUGAAGUUCAGAUUGCGUCACUUCAAAUUUACCCUGUUACAACAUGGUACUGUUUCGUAAAUAUUAAGCUGAUCGUACAAUAUUAGAUUUUUUAACAAAUUUUAAUAAAAGUCAAUAAAAAUUACAGACAUCAUAAAAGCUUUGCCUUGUGAUUAACGGGAAUUAAGCAAUAGUGAGUUUUAAAUGGCAGCUCUACAAACUGCAGUGCAUCUUCUUUCACGUGGCUCAGAUUAAAUGUUCAGUGGGAUUUGCAUGAAAUUUUGUCAGCAUUCAUGAUCAUAUCUUGCACAUGAUAUACACCAGGUCCAUCUGAAAGCCUGGUCUUUUGUAUGCUGUUUCUCAGUUUUUAAAAAUGUACCUUUGCGCUUCUGCAGGUUCCUGAGAAAUUAGGAAGAGUGGCUUUUAUUGCAUUUGAGUGUUUCAAAAUGUCCUUUAUCUCAUUUACUUUUUUCCCCCCUCCAGUGACAAAAUGAUAUAAAUUUGAGUGCAGAGUAGCUCAGAGUUAAGGCUCUUGUUUAUGGGCCCAGGUCUGGGAUUUAAAUUCACUACUUUAAAUCCAUGGCUACAACAAACUAAGGAUUCUCAUGCCAUUACUUUCCUCUCACUUUAUUCUUAAAGGACAAUAAACAUUUUAGUACACCAGCAACUACAAAGCUGGUGCUUAGAAAGUCAUGUAAUCAUCCGGAUCUUGAUCAUGUUGAUCUGGAGGAAUCCCGAAUGCAUUUUUUAACACUCAUUCACACCUACAGCCAAUCGAUCAUAGCCAAUCCACCUAAGUGCACGUUUUUGAGUGGUGGAAGGAAACUGGAGAACCUGCAGAAAACUCACAUGUGUCAUAGAAAAGCUUCACUAAGAAAAUGUAGUUCUGUUAGCUUCACUAAAAAAAAUUCUGUUUCACUCCACCACACCUCACCAGAUACCCAGAUGUGUGCUUUCCAAGUUCCGAAUGUAGACAGUAAUAAUGCUCUAGUAAGAAAUGAUCUUCCACCACAUGUGACACACUGUCCGAAAUUUACUGCUACAUUUUUGAGCAAUCUCACAAGCUGAUCCUUCUGUAAGGGGCCAAACUGACACCUCAUUUCUAGCUUUAAGGCCAUGCUAUGGGGUGAUUUUCUGCUGCACAAGUCAUCAGUCAACCUUGUUAAGUCUACACUUUGUGCUUGGGUCACGUUUCGUUCUCUUCCAUGAAUCGGAGAUCGUAAGAUUCAGAAUUAUGAAUUCAGCUCUGCCAAAAGUACCUCCUAUGUGGCUUGUUCCACGUUUCAACCACCGACAAGGGUCUUUUCUGCAUAACACAUCUUUAAGCAGACUCCUGAUAGCCAUCUACUGUAAGUGCCCCAGCCCUGGACAGCAUCCCUACCUACCAUAUUACUACUUCCAAGGAUGAAGGAAUGUGUGUGACAACACAAUUCAAUGUAUUUAUUGAUUAAUUUAUUUAAUAAACGAAAUUCUCGUCUCCUUUAUCUUCUCGUUUGGGAUAGAAAUCUUUUGAACACGGUCGACUCGGCUAUUAAAACGUUUCUUAAUAUAGCAUGUUUGAAAUCCUUUCUAACACACUGGAAAACUGAUUAAUACCUUCUGUUACAUACACAUCAUUGCAUCAUUUCAGCAUCAAACUGCAAAAAGAUGUUAUGAAUGCUUGUAAUACAGGUAUUGCAGGAAAAACUGUCAUCUGUGUGCAUCUGAAAAAAUAUUGUGCAAGCAGGCAGCAAGCCUCUUUUUCCUUCCUUUUUGCAUUUUUUACUGUAAAGCACAAUUUAUUCUGUUUGAAACACACAGCUCAUUUUGUGCAUUUCAGUUUAAAUACAAAGCCAUUUGUCUUUUAUCAAGAUGGAAUUUAGUUAAAGGUGCACACUAAGGUAAAUAGUAUCAUUAAAAUAUAUAUAAAUCAGA